AUGGAAGGGGUCCAACCCCUGGAUGAGCAUGUUGGAAAUGCACCAGGACGGAGAUUCUUGAGGAACAAGCUAUUGCUGGUGUCCUCCGUAAUUCAGGGGCUGGGGCUGCUCCUGUGUCUCACCUACAUCUGUCUGCACUUCUCUGCUCAGGUGCCAUCUCAAUACCCUCCAAUCCAAAGUAUCAGAGUACAGUUUACCAAGUGUGAAAAUGAGAAUGGUUUCAUCAUCACAUCCCCAAACAAGGAUGGAACCAUGAAGGUGCAAAACAACUCCAUCAUCAUCAACUGUGAUGGGUUUUAUCUCAUCUCCCUGAAGGGCUACUUCUCUCAGGAGCUCAGCCUCAGGCUUCAGUACCGGAAGGGUCGGGAACCCCUCUUCUCCCUGAGCAAGGUCACAUCUGUUGACUCUGUCACAGUAGCCAAUCUGGCUUUCAAGGACAAAGUCUACCUGAAUGUGACCACUCACAGUGCCUCCUGCGAAGACAUUCAGGUGAAUGGUGGGGAAUUGAUUCUCAUUCAUCAAAAUCCUGGUGGAUUCUGUGUCUACUGA